AUGAAUAAUUAUUUAUCACAAUUUGAAUUAUUACCAAAUGAAAUUUUAAUUGAAUUAUUUCAAUAUUUCAAUGCUCAAGAUCUUUUUCAAGCAUUUAUUAAUCUUAAUAUUCGUUUCAAUAGAUUAAUUCAAUCAUUUCAUAAUUUAAAACUUGUUUUUUAUUUGAAACAAUCAAAUAAAAAUCUUAUUACUAAUAAUCAUAUAUUUUCUUUAUAUGUCUAUACACUCAUUGUUGAUUCUAAUGUUGAUAUUAAUCUUAAUCAAUUUUCAAAUAUUCAUCAAGAACUCAAUUUAAUAUACAUAGAAACAUUAUCAACAAAUCAUAAAUCAUUAUCUUUACCUUCACUUCGUAUUUUAAAAGUUCGAUUUAUUAAUUUAUCGAUUUAUCAAACAAUAUUAUCUAGUUGUCCAAAUUUAUAUUAUUUUCAAUUAUCUAUAUUUACUUCUGAAGAAUAUUUAUUAAAUAUUCAAACACAUAAUAAACUUAAAAAAUUAAUAAUUCGAAUUAGUGAUGUUAUAUGGCCUUGGAAUGAUCAUUUAUUUAAUUGUUAUUUAUCAAGUGUACCAAAUCUUGAACAAUUUAAUAUUCAUCGUUUAUUAUAUAUAUCAAGAAUAACAGAAUCUUUUAUAAAUUAUAAUUGGUUUGCAUCAAUAAUUUCUAUUCAUUUACAAAAACUUCAACAUUUUUAUUUCUAUUUACGUACUUCUCAAUCGAAAUAUAUAAAUAAAAUUAAUACAGAAAAAAUUCUUAAUCAAUUAAAUGAAACUUUUCUUAAAGUACAUAAUAAUGAUCAAUAUCAAUCUCGAUUAAUUAUUGAAUGUUCAUAG